UCUCCAGCCUUUUCUGUGUUUGUUUCACCUUCUUUAAAAUUUCUCCCUGUUUGCUCACUGCAGUGUUGCCAACAUUCAUGAUGGAUUUCUGAAAACUUGAGGGUCAAUCUUAGAGGGUGACAGUUGUAGAUACUCGAGUCCUGGCCUGCAAGUGAAAGUUAUAAGAGGACCAUAUUUUGUCACUCUGCCAUGCUAGUUCAGACAGAGGGAAUGCAUGGAUUCUAUCACAUUUAAGAGUGAAACAGUGCUUUCCGAUGUUCACAUGUACACACCAAACACCAGGCACCUUAUGGUGAGACUAAAUGCAGUUGGACAACCAGUCUUUGUGUCAAAGUUCAAAAUCCUACGGAAUAUUAGUGUCUGUGACAAAGAUGAUUUAGGGGAUUUCAGCAGUGAAGAAAAUAGAGUACUUCAUGCAGAUGAUGCUUUAACUGGUCAAAUGGGUUGUAGCAACGCUACUGCAAGCGAAAAGAAAUUUGAAGUGACAAAAGACACAGUGCAUACUGAGAUUCUGCUAGAUGACGAUGGAGAUCUGGAUGUUAUUCGGAGACCUGUUGACUUCCUUCAUUGUAGUGAAAAAAGUUUGUGGAGAGAGAAAGUCUAUCCCACCAUCCUAAGUAAAGGGGAGGAGUUUUCCUCUGAGGACUAUGAGGAAGAUUGCAGUAUUUGCAAUGAGAUCAGAAUAGAACACACCAUGGAUACUACUUUGGAGGAUGUUGGAAAACAGGUAUGGCGUGGAGCCUUCCUUCUUGCUGAUUAUAUUUUGAAUAAUAGUUACCUAUUCAGAGACUGCACAGUGCUGGAGCUGGGAGCAGGCACAGGAUUGACCAGCAUUGUCAUGGCAACUGUUGCUAAGACUAUUUAUUGCACAGAUGUUGGUGAAGACCUACUGAACAUGUGUGAAAGAAAUAUCAUUGUAAACAAGAAUAUCUAUGAGGCGGCAGGAAGUGAAAUUAAAGUAAGGGAACUGGAUUGGUUGAGAGAUGAAUUAUGUACAGACACUAAGAACCCAUAUUGUUGGUCAGAAGAAGAAAUAGCUCAUUUGUACGAUCAUACUGAUGUGCUGCUUGCUGCUGAUGUAUUCUAUGAUGAUGAUUUGACAGAUGCAUUUUUUCAGACCAUCUACAGAAUUUUGAGCAAUUUGAAAAAUCCAAGCACCGUAUAUCUCUCUGUAGAGAAACGACUUAACUUUACCUUAAGAAAAAUGGAUGUCACAUGUGAUGCAUAUGAUCAUUUUCGAUUGUGUUUGGCUGACUUGGAAAACAUCUGUGAUGGGAAAACUAAAUUUGUUGUGGAACCCAUCAAACGUUCUUUUCCACAGUUCCUUCUUUAUGAACGAGUGGAACAGUUGGAACUGUGGAAAAUUAUUGCUGAGCCACUUAAAAGCUACACACAAUAGAUUGGUUAUUGUAAUUGAAAAUGCAUCCAGAGGAAUGUUGCUUGUUUCUUCGGUUUGUUGAAGAUUUUAGCUGAAAACCUUGCAAACUGUUUAAGUGGUAAGGUAUAGUAACUACCUUACAUCGUUCAAUGCUACAUCAAUAACUGCAGCAAGAAAUUACUUCACAAAUGUUCAUGGAUGAAAUCUUAAUGUGUUUGAAUCACUUUUCUCUACUAUUUAAACAGUACUGACUUUUACAAUGAAUCUGUCAAGGCUUACAACAAAAUAGAGACAAAAAAGACUUUUAUACAGUUAAAGUACUUAGCAGAUUAUAACAAUUACUUCCCAUCAACUUAAUUGUCAUUAUCCUGAUAUCAUAAGCGGUCUAUUGUCUUAAAAUAAGAGGAAUUUGAAAUGAGCACAUAUUUAUGAAAAUAUUUAUUGUGAUAAUUUGUGUUUAUACCUUUACUAAUAACAUGUAUUUUCUUUUCUUCCACUCUUUCAAAUCCCACCUUAAAAAACACAAUUAACCUGGAGUGAAAUACAUUCUCUAAAGAGAAAGGAAGAAAUUCUUUUUAUCAAAGUGGAUUUCAAUUGUUCGUAAACGUUUACCAUUACUGAGGUAGAACACGAGCACUGAAUCAGACAACACAGAUGAAAGCCAUUUGGCCAUUUAUGCCUAUGCCAGCUCUUUGAAAGUUAUCCAAUUAAUCCCACUGCAUACAGCUGUAACUUUGCCUUUUCAAUAUAUAUACAAUUCCCUUUUGAAUGUUACUAUUGAAUCUGCUUCUACCACCUUUCAAGCAGUGUAUUCCAAAUAGCAUAACUCACUGCAUAAAAUAAACUCACCCCUCCAAUCUGCCCCCCAGAUUUGUUUGCUAAUUAUCUCAAAUCUAUGCACUUUAGUUAUUGAGCUUACUGUAAGUGGAAACUGUUUCUGCUCCUCUUUCUAAACCCUUUGUAGUUUUUGAUAAACCUCUAUUAAAUGUACUGUUUGCAUCCGUUAACGUAAAGAAUGCUAUCCCAGUUUAGUCUAAUGUCUCCACACAUCUGAAAUCCCUCAUCUUCUAUAAUUCAGUUCAAUUUUAUCUCAAAGAUCCUUGACAUUCUAAUACAGCUGUAGCCAAACAUUUAACUUAAUAUACUUUGUCGUGAUUGAGUUUAUUUUAAACUGAGAUGUACUCUGCACUAAUAUAUUUUAUAAAUGCAGUGUGGUUCUAUUUUGGUAAUAAAGUUUUUUUGAGAAAAAACAGUAA